AUGAAUUAGAAAUGCUUAAGCUUUGGUCAUAACCAAAGAUAAAUUGAAUUCGUUUGCAUACAAGCUAAAGAAAUUUUAUGGGGUUGCUCCAAGUGUUUUGAGUAAAAUAAAGUCCAAUAUAACUUUAAGCCUAUUGUUUAGAUCUAGAAAAUUUUAAACUAAGCAAUUCAAGAAAUCAAAAAUAGUAAUUGUCUCUAAGAAAUUUAAAAUAAAAAAAGUCUAUUUGAUUAAGCUAUAGAAUAAACAAAUAACAUUUUCAUUCAAAAUAUAAGUCUUUUAAAAUAAUCCUUUGAACUUCAAUAUAAGGAAUUGUUUGAUUUUCUAGCUUUUGUGAAUGAUUUUUCACCAGAUAAUUUGGACUCUGUGAGUAAUGAAAACUCUAAAUACCUCCUUAUUGUAUUGGAUUAAAAAAAAGCUCUUUAUGACAAAUUUGAUGUUUAGGCAACAUUUACAAUUGAGAGGCUAGAGAUAAUUAAAAAAGAUAUUAAGAAAAAUAUCAAUGAUGUUUUUGAUUAGGGAUGUCAACAAAUACUAGAUGGUUUGAAUUAUAAAUAUAACAUGCCAAUUGAAUUUAGAUAGUAAAUCUAAAACCUUAAAAUCCCACUAGAAUAUAAUGUCUAUGAACAUCCUGAUCUCACAUAUUCUAUAAACUAUAAAUUGGAUAAAGAAGCCUACUACUCCGGUUAAUUUUGCAAUAACUAGAUAUAGGGAAUUGGAGUAUUAGAAUUGCAAAAUUAAAAUAUCAUCUAUUAUGGAGCAUUUAUUGAAGGUCAUUUUACUUAUGGAAUUAAGAUCAAGCUAGCUCAGAAUCAACUGUUUUAGGGACAUUUCUAUUAAGGUCAAAAUCAAUUUGAAUAUAUUAUUGAUUCGAGUGGAAUCAUGAUUUUGGCUAAUAUAGAGAGAUACGAUGGGAGCUUCAAAAAUGAAUUGUAGGAAGGAUAUGGAAUAACAAAUAAAAAGAAUAAAGAUUCGUAUUAUGGCUAUUGGAAAAAUGGGAAGUAUGAAGGACAAGGGUGCUUAAUUAGUGAGGAAUAUGGAUAGUAUAUAAUUAUUAAAUUAUCAAUAGAGUUGAAGGCACAUUCAAGGAUGGAAAGCUCAAUGGGAAAGCAACUUUUAAGAAUGCUGAAGAGAAGGCGAAUAUAAAGAUAAUCAAAGGGAUGGAGAGGGCAUCUUAGAAAAUUUUGUGAAUAAAACCAUAUAUUAUGGAUAGUUUAGGAAUGGAAAGAAAAAUGGAUAAGGAACACUCAAAGUAGAAUCGAUGGUACUUUCAAAGAUGAUAAACUCUGUGGAAAGUGCACUGAAACAACGAAAGUAGUCGUAGUAGUAGAUCUAAAAUAAACUGUAUAAGAAACUGUAGAAGUAGGCGAAUUUAAGGAUGGAAUCAAAGUAGGAGUUUUUACUUCAAUAACUACUUGCAAUAACAUAAAGACAUAGUAAGCAAUUAAAUGA